ACCGAGCAGCCGCGAGUCCCAGCCCGCCGCUCCCGCCGCUGCGCUCCGCCCGCCCGCCGGGAUGCCCCUGCAGGUUAGCGAUUACAGCUGGCAGCAGACGGAGACUGCGGUCUUUAUCUCGGUGCCCCUCCGAGGUGUCUGCGGCAGAGAUGCGGACGUGUUCUGCACGGAAAACUAUCUGAAGGUCAACUUUCCUCCGUUUUUAUUUGAGGUGUUUCUCUAUGCUCCCAUAGACGAUGACAGCAGCAAAGCCAAGAUUGGGAAUGAUGUUAUUGUUUUCACCUUACAUAAAAAAGAAGCAGCGGUGUGGGAGACCCUGUCUGUGUCAGGUGUUGACAAAGAGAUGAUGCAAAGAAUAAGGGAGAAAUCUAUUUUACAAGCACAAGAAAGGGCAAAAGAAGCUACAGAAGCAAAAGCUUCAGCAAGGCGGGAAGAUCAAAAAUAUACACUAAAUGUCAUGAUGAAGAUUGAAGAAGAAGAGAGGAAAAAAAUAGAAGAUAUGAAAGAAAAUGAACGGAUAAAAGCAACUAAAGAAUUGGAAGUCUGGAAAGAACAUCAGAGGAAAGCUGAAGAACAAAAAAGAAUUCAGAGAAAAGAGAAAUUACAUCAACAAGAGAAGCAAAUUGAAGAGGGAAAAAAAUUAAAACAUAAAAGCCUUAUUAGAAAUUCAGCAUCUAGAAAUCUUGCCACAAAAGGAGGAAAUUCAGAAGAUAUAUUUUUCGAGAAGUUAAAGGACGACAGUAUUCCUGCUCCUCGCUCAGUUGGCAGUAUUAAAAUCAACUUUACCCCUCGAGUAUUCCCAACUGCUCUCCGGGAAUCACAAGUAGCAGAAGAAGAGGAGUGGCUCCACAAACAAGCAGAGGCACGAAGAGUGAUGAAUACUGAUAUUCCUGAACUUUGUGAUUUAAAAGAAGAAGAAAAGAACCCAGACUGGUUGAAGGAUAAAGGAAACAAAUUAUUUGCAACAGAAAACUAUUUGGCAGCUAUUAAUGCAUACAAUUUAGCCAUAAGACUAAAUAACAAGAUUCCACUAUUGUAUCUGAAUCGGGCUGCUUGCCACCUAAAAUUAAAAAAUUUACACAAGGCCAUCGAAGAUUCUUCUAAGGCAUUAGAAUUAUUGACACCACCUGUUGCAGACAAUGCUAAUGCAAGAAUGAAGGCACAUGUACGACGUGGAACAGCAUUCUGUCAAUUAGAAUUGUAUGUAGAAGGCCUACAGGAUUAUGAAGCUGCACUUAAAAUUGAUCCAUCCAACAAAAUUGUACAAAAUGAUGCUGAGAAGAUUCGGAAUAUAAUUCAAGGAACAGAACUAAAAUGUUAAUAACUACUAGAAGCAACUAGGUAUUGUAACAGGUAUUGUUUUAAGUUUUUAAAAAAUAACUGGAGGCAUUAGGAAUAUUUGUACAUACUAUGGAUGUGUAGAAUCAUUUUCUCUUUAGUACUCUAAUUCUGUAGAGGGAAAAAUAUUAUAAAUGUAUAGAAAAUAAUAUGUUUGACUUGAUGUCUGAAUAAGUAAAUCAAAAUGAGAAUAAUUUAAUUCUUUGCUUGACAUUAAUAUAUAAUUUUAACUACACAUUUUUCGUUACUGAUUUCAGCUUGCCCUUAUAACUAACAAAAUAUUUGUUGGCGUGAUGAUUACCAGGACAUUUAUUGAUUCAUUUUUAACAAAGUGGAAGUUUUAAAUAAAAGAUUGUGUUUGUAAAGUAAUUUUGUUUGUAGUAAAUAUACUAUUUAAUUGUCUAAAUGGUUGACCUUGAUAUAAUCAAUAGUGAUGUUUUCACUUAUUUCCCAAACAUAGAGAACCUUUUUAAAAAAAAUUUAGUAUGUCAACACAACCUGUUGUUUGACAUCAGAUCAGUUCAACCUAGUACAAUAGCUGUUUGGAAAACCUUAUCUUCAACUUCAGACACUAUCUGGUGCAGAUAUGCUGAAGAUUGUUUUCUAGUACCUUCAAGUACAUCAGGGGAAAAAGACAGUAAAAGAUGAAAUGUUAAAUUAGAAUAUUAUGUUAUUGGCAUUGGAUUGUACCACUAAUUGUGUUCCAUCACUGUGAUAGUGCAAACAUUAACAAAAACAGUACAGCUUCCCUUUUUUUAAAGGAAACCAAAUUGGAAAAAGUUAUAGUAUUUGAUCAUCUGAUGUCAUUCAAGAUGACUUUGGAUUAUAAAUCAGCCUUAUUGUUUUUUGUAAUGCAAGACUUUUCUGAAUGUGUAAGUGUAUCCUAGUUCAGCAACCUUGAAACUUUUACUUCUACAAAGCAACUUUUGAUGUCUGUAGCAGUCCUGUCCAGUUAUCAGACCUUCUGAUGAGGUAGGAUUGCUUUUUCUUAUAAUCAAUCCUGGUUUAUUUGCUUGUCUUUACUUAUAAAUAUAACCAAAAUGAAGUUCUUGUGUGUCAAAUACCAGUUUGACAUUAAAAAUUUGUUAACCAA